AUGCGACGGGGGGAAUGGAGAAGCCGACGGACCAGGGGAAGACAGCAGCAGAGCUCUAUAAGCAGCACUGUGGUGACAGCGGCCAUUGCCAUACAGCGCAAGCUGCAUUCCACUUUAACUACAAGCUUUGAAAACAGAUGGAGGAAGAGACGAAACCCCUUCCUAGUAGAGGAAUGUCCGCGUCUCCAGAUCACGUCCUGUUUCCUUCCCUUGUUCCCAGUCACUUGUGGACUGGUGGACACAAUGGUCGACUUAAACAUGAGAGAACACCAAAAUGAUGCUUUCUUGCAGUUACAAGAUGUCCUUUCUUCUCUGGAGACAUGUGUAUUGUCCUGGAGGACUCCAUCAAGAGAUAAGUCAAGGGAUGAAAGUGAAACAACUCCCCAGAAUGUACCUCUCGCUACUGAUGUUUUACCCUCUGGAGUCAUACAGGAACUGAGUCAGAUAGCACCUACAAUAUCUCUGAAUGAAGAUCCCAGGACUCUAAAUUCAGAAAUCCAACAUUACAAGGAGGAUAAUGCUGUCCUAAGAGGCAAACUUAGGCUCACAGACAGGGAACUGGAUAGGUCAAGAGCCACACUCAAACUGUUCACGGAGGAAAAGGAGAUGCUACAAAUAAAGUUUAAGAGGUUGCAAGACAUUUUUCAGGAUGAUGAGUUGUUCCCUCAAAUCUCUCCACCUACCAGUCCCUGCUCUGAAGAAAUGUAUAAUGUGACUUCUGAAUCUGAGUCACCCAUUCCAUUACAGCCUUGUCAGGGCCCUGUGAGAGUGCUGCACAAUGUCAUUCAGUAUGUUCAGAGUCUCCCUGGAUCCCAGUCUUCACUAACUUCUACUUCUGAUAUCCACUCAAGUAGCCUGGAAACUGAAAUGAGACGGUUAAAAAGGUACCUUGACCAUGUCAAAGAACUGAAUGACCAGCUCAGUGCAACCCUAGAAGAAUGUAAGACUGAUUCAGAAAAGCUCAGUAUGCACCUUGGAAAACUGGAAUCCACUUGCACAGCUUUGAGACUCGCCCUGCAAGCCAGUGAAAGAUGCCUGAAGACAUACAGUGUGUUGUUGGCCCUUGCUGAAGCAAAGGGGGAAAUCCUACUGAGUCAAGUAACUUCAGAUCUUUUAAAUUCAGGUUGGAGCCUGCUACCAAAAGACUUGGAAAUAAAAACUAAGCUGUUCAUGAUGGAGGUAAGGAAAAGUUUCCGGAAAGAAAGUCUUAAUAUAGAACCAGAAAAAAGAAGCACAGAGGACCAAGCAAUUGACAGGCUGUAUGCUCCCUGGCUUAGUGAAGAAGAUGAACAGAUGCUAAAAGACUAUAUCCAGUCCCUUAAGUGGGAUCUGUCAUCUGUUACUGUGUUGGAGCACACGUCCAUUGACACUGCACAUAGAAGGGAAGUUGCUCAUUGUGCACACAUUAUCAAGGCUAAGGUUGAUGAUGCCAUCAAGGUCUCAGUGGAAGCUUCACCAUGCUUGCCAGAGAAACCUGCCAGGGCACAGAUUGUGCAGGAAUUGAUGGAAACUAAGAAGGGGCUAUCUGAGCUGAAGGCCUGCCUUCAGAUACUACAGACGGAGAAGCGAGCCUUGGAGCUGCAGUGUUUAACCCAAGAACAUGAGAAUGCAUACAUGCUCAUCAGAGACCAUCUGCAGUUGGAGCAGAGUGAGUGGAUGAACAAAGAGAAGGAUUCUGCCCAAUACAUGAAGGAUGAACAGAAGAAGCACAUGGGUUGUGAAAGAGUAUCACAGAGUCAAAGCAAGAAUUUACCAUCCUCACCUGUUAUGCAGCAACUACUAGAGUCUUUAAAACAAAACGGCGAAACAAAAGAACGAGUUGAAAGCAUGAUGUCAGAAUUGGACAAGAUAGCUGGUGAAGUCCAUGGUCAGAAUAUCCAGUCUGCACAAACAAUCAAAGAUUUCUUUAAGGCCCACAGGAAUCUUUUCCUCACAUACAAGAAUGCAUGCAGGAAAUACCAGGAGCAGCAGCACAAACUGGAGUCUCAGGUUGCACUGAUAUCACAGCAUCAAUGUCAACAAAUACAGAAGCUGAUGGAAACUAUCCAGAGUCUGCAGAGGAAGAAAGCAGAGAGGGAUACAGGAGAGACAUCGUUAUAGUAGCAGAUCUCACCAGGGUCUUGGGUUUUAUACAGUUCUUGAGGAGUCCCUAUA